AUGGGUUCUGUUGUACUCCCCCAUCUCAACAGCGGCUGGCAUGUCGACCAAGCCAUCCUCUCAGAGGAAGACCGUCUCGUCGUGAUCCGCUUCGGGCGCGAUUGGGAUCCGGACUGCAUGCGCCAAGAUGAAGUCCUCUACAAGAUCGCCGACAAGGUCCGCAACUUCGCCGCCGUCUACCUCUGCGACAUCGACCAGGUGCCCGACUUCAACCAGAUGUACGAGCUCUACGACCCGUGCUCGCUCAUGUUCUUCUUCCGAAACAAGCACAUGAUGAUCGAUCUGGGAACCGGUGACAACAAUAAGAUCAAAUGGGUGCUCGAAGAUAAGCAGGAGCUUAUUGACAUCUUCGAGACGGUGUACCGAGGUGCCAAGAAGGGACGCGGUUUGGUCGUCAGUCCCAAGGACUACUCCACACGCCACAGGUACUAG